UCACUCCACCGUCUAACUUGACGGCGAGAACUUCAAGAAGAAGAAGAAUCACAAACAGAAGGAGACGAAUUGCAAACAGGCUGCCGGUCAUUUAGAACCAUCGUUCGUGUUGUAAAGUUGAUUCUUCUUGCUGCUCGUAGGAAGAUGGACUCCGCAAUGGUGGAGAUCGACGGCAGCGUGAUGGAGGGAGGCGGACAGAUCCUGAGAGUCUCCGCGGCGCUCAGCUGCAUCACCGGCUCCUCCGUCAAAAUCACCAAAAUCCGAGCCGGCAGAAGCACACCGGGGCUCAGACCGCAGCACCUGAGCGGCCUGCAGAUGGUCUCAGAUCUGUGUUCUGGCAGUCUGGAGGGCGCCGCCAUCGGCUCCACCGACAUCAGCCUGACUCCGGGGAAGAUGCAGUCCGGAAGCCACACGGCCGACACGCAGACGGCCGGGAGUGUGUGUCUGCUGCUGCAGGCAGCUCUGCCUUGUGCUCUGUUCUCUGACGCCUCCUCACAGCUCUGCCUGAAGGGAGGAACCAACGCAGAGAUGGCUCCUCAGAUCGACUACACCGUCAAGGUGUUUAAACCAAUGGUGGAGCGGUUUGGGGUCCAUUUUGACUGUGAUAUCAGAAUGAGGGGAUACUACCCCAAAGGUGGCGGCGAGCUGAUGGUGACGGUGAACCCGGUCAAAGAGCUGCUGCCCGUCAUCCUGACGGAGAGAGGAAACAUCACCAAGAUCUACGGCCGGGCGUUUGUAGCUGGAGUCCUGCCCUACAAAUUGGCUAAAGACAUGUCUGCUGCUGCUGUUCGAACCAUCAGGAAGGAAAUCAAAGAGCUGUACAUCAACAUCCCGGCGCUGCAAGAGAAGGAAAACGCCUACGGUAGCGGCAAUGGCAUCAUAAUCAUCGCCGAGUCGUCAACGGGCUGCGUGUUUGCAGGUUCAGCUCUGGGGAAGAAAGGCGUGUAUGCUGAUAAAAUUGGUAUCGAAGCUGCUGAGAUGUUGCUGAGAAACCUCAGACACAACAACUGCGUGGACGAGUUCCUACAAGACCAGCUCAUCAUCUUCAUGGCGUUGGCGAAGGGAACGUCUCGGAUUCGAACCGGCGCCGUGACGCUGCACACGCAGACGGCCAUUCACAUCGCAGAGCAGCUGACUCAGGCAAAGUUCACAAUAACCAAGUGUGAGGACGAACAGGGCAGCAACGAAACCUUCAUCAUCGAAUGCGAAGGAUCAGGAGCGGUCAACAAACACCUGUAGACGCGCGCACACACAAACACACAUUGCCAGCUGCUCGCCCCCCGACCUUCAGUUUCUGUCUCUCAGGGUGUUUCAUUAAAACUGUAAUAAAUAAAUGAAUAAAUAACUUUCUGUUUUUAAAUA